GGAUGCCCAUUAGCCACUUCCAUCCCCAGAAAUGUCCUGAAGUUGACAAACGACAGGCAGAUGCACAUCUAAUUAGCUGGACCAACUCGGCUUGAUGCUCAGGUAAUUAAAACAAACAAACAAACGUACAGAAAAAUAGCUAGGAAAGGGUUAAAAUUGUUUGCUACAUAUAUUCUAGCAGAGAGUGCCUAACUCCUUUUAUAGCUACCUUUUCUUUUAAAAAUUAAGCCAGAGACCUUCUAAAGCAAACUGUUUCCUUUCACAAAUUCUUAAUCAAUACAUUGAUCAUUUAAAAAAACAUCUGUUUAAAGUUAGAAUGUUAGAGUUUGGGUGUUUUGCCUUUUUUGAUUGUCUCACUUCCUUUCAUUGAAUCUGUUCAAUAAAACACUGGCUUUGUUUUGAAACACUACUUCGGCAGGUGACCAAGUCAUACAUUUAGACCACAAAAAAAAAAAAAAAAAAAUGCUGCACCUUGUUCGUUCAGCAUUACAAUAAACUUUCAAUCUUCUCACUGAGCAAAGAAACCUGGCAACAGAGAAGCAGAAAACACAGUGAGUAAAUUGCAAUCAUUAUCAGUAGAUAACUUACUGCUAUUAACCCAAUAUCUGCAAUGCCAAGAUCCUGUAUGUUGUUGCAUGAUGAAGACAAAGCAAACCUCUUGCAAUGCACAAGGCCAGCCCUGAGACUCUGUGUGAAGGGCUGGAUCCAGUGGUGUUUCAGCACCACUGUUUGUGACAGGCUGAGGUGGAAGUCUUCCUGUGGGGUCAAAACCACACCACAAUCCCUUGAUUUCAAGAGAAGUUCUUGUAACAACAGCCGAAACUCGUCUUCAGGAUGGUCUUUUGUGGACAAGACAGAAACAAGUAAAACAAAAAACAAACAAGGUUGAAGAGUCUGUUAUUUUAGAAAUUCACAUAAAUAAUACAUAGAAGUGUAAGUUGCAUCUAAAGUGUGUUGUGUUGUCUUACAUGGUAAAUAAACAUAAGUGGCCCAGUUGCCCUGUUCAUGCUUAAAGGAGCGGAUGCGUCCACCAUGAAGAGCACUUUCCUCCGACUUAGAGUCCAUUUCAUCGGGGAACAUGGCCAACAGGCAGCCAGGAAGAGGCAAUCUGCUUGAAACGCUGCCCCAAAAGUGAAUAAGGUUAAUAUAAAUAUCUUUCUGCAGUGACUCUAGAGUAAAACAUGAAAAUACGGAAAGCAAAAAGUCCUGAAAUAUUUUUUGCCGUGAUUUGGCUUUAUAAUAAUGAUUAAUUGACUGAUAACAGUUGUCAAACAGAAGCGUUGUAAAUAGUGUGACAGCAUUUACUGUUUCUCUCAUGAAGGAUAAAAACGGCAGCAUUAUACCUCAUGUGAAGAGCCUGCUCCUGGAUUUUGGGCUUCUUCCUUGCUGGACUGUUGCAAACAUCUUCCUCAUGGCGUUUAAAGGAGACGGCGGCGGCGCUUAGAGAGUGAGAGUCUGCUCCUGCUGCUGCUGCUGCCUCACUCUCCUCCUCUGAACUACUGCUGCUGUAGGCGGUCAGCAUCUCAGGGUUUGUGGCCUUUUAGAACACGUAAACACCGUUUGCGCAGAGAUGUUGACACAGAAGCGAUUAACACAUCUUGGCCGACACGAGACUAUACAAAACACGUACCCGACAAUCCCCUGCACACACGCUUCCACUACACUUCCGCUGUAAACAACUCGUUGUAAUGCUAUUAUGGAUCCCAGUGAAACACGGCCCCAUAUUUUAUCAGUUCCCAUCUCUGGUAUUGGUCGGAGGAGAAACAAUUGCUUUCGUGUGUGUUUUUGUGGGACUCUUGGGGUAAGAAUAAGUACAAUUUUAAAAUUAAAAAAGAAGAAAAAAGUCACAAGAAUAACAAAAAUAUUUGUCCGGGUCAAUCGAAAGUAGACAAAAUCCCAUUUAACAUAUUCACACCCCUCCAAAGACAGUGAGUAUACUGUGGUGGGGAGAACAUUUGUGUUUUACAAUAAAAAAAAAAGUUUAUCAAAGCAAACGCGGGCGCGCGCAUGUGUGUGCGCGCGAGUGUCUGUUCGUGUGUUCUUGAUCUAUUCAUGUUCCCGUGCGCGAACAGCGGCUAAGGAGCUAGCCAACAGCAUCCCCGAAAAUAAAAAUGCAUGGGUAUUGGAUAGCCGAGAGGGUGCCAUGUGAAGCAUAUUCAUGUUUUCGUGAAACGCCCGCGGUUGUGGGACGAUUCGGGAAAUCACGGGAAUUAUUUGGCCUAUUUUAAUGACUCGACUGUCCCUUUUUUGGCCCUAGUAGCCACAGUGCACGAACGAGAGAGAAAACGAGCGGAUAGCGGAUGUCCAGAAGGGGAGUAUUUGAGGGAGAAGCUAACCUACAGCAAGAGUUGACGAUAGACAGACGUCCUAUCGUAAUUUUCCCCAAAUGUACAGCCCCUUGUGUGUGGUAUGUAUGAAUACACUGGAUAUCAGAAAGCAUGUCCCUGCUGUUAGGUUGAAGUCGGCUAUUGUAUUAGCUCACCGCUCUACCCCUGUGGUUGCAUUAGCAAGUGGCUAGGCAAGCUAGCCUACAUGUCUCGAUAACAGUGAUCUUUGCCUGGAGACGAAAAGCGUAACGACGUUCCGUGUUACCAUCUUUCACUUUAAUUUUUGAGUUUAUAUAUCUAAUGUUGUAGGUGUAUCAGUAAAAACAAGGACAAUAAAGCAAUAAAUACAUUAGUUUUUGUCAAUUGUGAGCACACUGGUGCCUGUUGGAUUAUUUGCAUCUUCCACAUCUUACGAGGGCUGCUAAUGAUGUGAACACCUUUCGUUCACCUCAAGUGUUACUUUCUGUUAAAACUGUGACACGAGGCGAGCGAAAAUAACUGCUCUGACUCUCUUUGACUAUUUCAUCUUAGUCUGAUUAGACAAACCAAAGCUGAUGUUUUAAAAUGAAAACAAUUAUUUGUAUUGUUUUGAAGCCCGGUGCUACUUUAUGUUGCUUUUACUCAGUUAUGUCUCACUGUUUUGUCUCAAAACAGUUUGUCAAAGGCAAAUGCAAAGCAUUUCUGACUAUUUUUGUCGUCUGUAUUUUGGAUACUCUUCUCACCUCUUUUCUACAUUUUUCCCUGCAGACACAACUCUGGCCCAGGACUAGGAAGUAACAGAAAUUUCCUCUCAUCCCUUCACACAAGUCCAUCCACAUUGGGGCUGUCUCUGUUUUAAAAUCCUUUGCCACAUCCACUUCAGUCAGAACACCUGCCAGUCAUUCAGAGCCAGCUGCUAAAAUGGAGUGAGUUCUUUGUCCUGUUUACUCCACAAUAUUGGUGUCUUCCAUUUGAUCUUGGGAGUCAGAAAUUCUGAGUCAGAUAUGUCAGCCUUGAGUUUCCCCUGAGUCCCAUUUCAAAACUUGGAGCAACUCCAGCAACCCUGAGCAUCAACAGUAAUACAAUCUGCACUUUUAACAGUGCGUCUUAGCAACUAAGUCUAAUGUUAUGAAAUAAAAUUAAUCACAGCGGUAGUAUUUUGCAUGCGUUUUCUGUGGGCAUGUUGUUACAGUGCUUUUACAGUCACAUUGUGUGUUAUCACCUAGAAUGGUCUAACAGUGCAAACAACCAAGCAGAGCAUUGAACCAGGUUGUUUCAGCAGGUAACUGGAACAUGGCUGACUCUGAUCUGAUCUUUUCCCUAAUUAUGACGUCUGACUUACUUCCAAAGUCAAUGGAAUGCACCACAUCUGUAGCAUUAAGUCUGUUACUGAAAUAAAUGCAUAUCUCUUUUUCUCAUAGCAGUUGGGCCACAUCAGCUGCCAAGCUGAAUCCUUACAGCCGAGCUCGCAUGAGUGAAACAUGGCAGCAGCAUGCUGUUGCUCCUCCUCAAGUUGUCCACACCAUCCCCUCUGGGACUGAGAAUUCAUUAGGCUGUGCUGUGUAUGGUAUUGUACUGCAGCCAGAUGCUACCUCACUACAGCAGCAGCAACAGAGCCAGCAUGGACAGCAUGCCCAACACACCCAACAACAUAAUGGGAGUCAGCAGCAUGGAGGUGGACAACACAGUCAGCAGCACCCUUCCCAGGCCCAGCAGACCUCUCUUCAGGUAGGGACAGAGGGAGGGCACAAGUGUGGGGCCUGUGGACAUGAUAUCUCACACUUAGCCAACCCACAUGAGCACCAGUGCAUGGUGAGUCAGGAUAGGUCAUUCCAGUGUACCCAGUGCUUAAAGAUUUUCCACCAGGCCACAGACUUGCUAGAACACCAGUGUGUCCAGGUGGAGCAGAAGCCGUUUGUGUGUGGGGUGUGUAAGAUGGGCUUCUCCCUACUUACCUCUCUCGCUCAGCACCACACAUCCCACAACAGCACCAACCCAAUGAAAUGUUCAAUAUGUGAGAAGACUUACAGACCUGGUUCUUCUGGCAAUGUCACACCCAACCAAAAUAAUCUCCAGCAGUCCAGCAGCGAUAGAGCAACAACCAGCAGCAGCUCAUCCAUCUUACCAUUUCCCUCAGCACGAGACCGACCCUAUAAAUGCUCAGUUUGUCAGAAGGGCUUCAAACAUCUUUCAGAACUCACACGGCAUGAGCGGGUGCACACAGGAGAGAAACCUUUCAAAUGUGAUACAUGCGAUAAGGCCUUCAGCCAGUCAUCACACCUGCAGCACCACCAGCGAACUCAUAGCAGUGAACGUCCAUUCAAAUGUGCUGUUUGCGAAAAGAGUUUUAAGCAUCGCUCCCACCUUGUGCGCCACAUGUAUGUGCAUUCUGGUGAGCACUUAUUCAAAUGCAACUUAUGUGAGCUGCACUUCAAAGAGUCAUCAGAGCUUCUUCAUCACCCCUGCCAUCCCCAGGGUUCCCGCCCAUUCCGCUGUGCUACAUGUGGUAAGGGCUUUAAACGGCCAUCUGAUCUACGACAGCACGAGCGCACACACUCUGAGGAGCGCCCUUUCCACUGUGAUGAGUGUCAGAUGAGCUUUAAGCAGCAGUAUGCUCUGGUGCGCCACCGGCGCACUCACAAAGACCCCACAGACCGACCAUUCAAAUGCAAUCUGUGCGACAAGGGCUUUAUGCAGCCCUCUCACCUCCUCUACCACCAGCAUGUACACGGUAUGGACAACCUUUUCAAGUGUGCCUCAUGCCAAAAGGAGUUCAGCCAGUCUGGAGAAUUGCUCAGGCACAAAUGUGGUGAGACAUCCAGCCCCUCAUCAGACAAGCCGUACAAAUGUGAUGUCUGUGGCAAGGGCUACAAGAAGAGCUCAACAUUGCAACGUCAUCAAAAUGCUCACUGCCAAGAGAAGCCCCUGAAGUGUUCCCUUUGUGACCGCCGUUUCUUGUCGUCUUCAGAGUUUGUUCAGCACCGCUGUGACCCAUCGCGGGAAAAGCCACUAAAAUGCCCUGAGUGUGAGAAACGUUUCAAAUAUUCAUCAGACCUGAACAGACAUCGGCGUGUGCACACUGGAGAGAAACCUUAUGAAUGCAGCCACUGCAGCAAGGGCUUUAAACAGCGAGAGCACCUGACGAAACACCAGAGCACUCACUCCAGAGAAGGCCAGUUCAAGUGUGUUUGGUGUGGUGAACGUUUUAGUGACUUGGGCUCUUUGCAGGAUCACACAGUGCAGCACACAGCAGAUGGAGGAGGUUACCCAGUCUCCCAGUGCAUAUAAGCCAACUUUCUUUUUGAAACAGUCAUGGCCAAAACUCCUCACAUUGUCUGUUUUUAAGGCUGUUUAUGUAGCCAUGCUCUUUUUUAAUAUUUCUAAUGUUUUUUUUUUUUCUUGUUUGUUUGGUUUUUGUUGUUGUAUUUUAAUGUGAAUAUUUUGUUGCUCCACUAACAUGUCCAAACCCCAAACAUAUAAUUCUGAUUGAUUCAUUCCAGAGUUUCAAAUUGAUCUUGUUUUGCAUUCAUACUGUUGUUUUACUUAAACUUCUUCUUUCCCCUUUUCCUUAUACAAUGUGUAGAGAAAAGACUCCACAACCCCAUCAGCAAUACAGUUUAUUAUCAUUAUUACUAUUAUUUAUAUGAUUGUAUUUCUUUUUAAAGCUUGGCUGUAAAGCAUGGUAUUGGUUAUGCCAGCUAAGCCAAUGUCUUCAUGAUCAUAGCCAGAAAACUGCCUCAAAUAUUAGACUUUUUACCACAGGAGGAUCAGUCCCUACAGUCAGUUUGCUGUUUUCAGUUGCACCCCUUCUUGGCUCUUAGUUUCUCCCUUUCCCCUUUUUCUGGUACCAAAUGUCUUUGAAGAAAGCUGUGGGCAAUGUGAACAGGCAGGUACUGUGAUACUAGAAGAUAUUUAGAGGGAUAAAUACUAGACUAACCGUGAAGGAAAUAAAAGAAAGCAGCCCCUGAUUCCAGUGGUGCAAACACAAACCAGAACACUGAUGUGGACCAGUAAAACUCCCAAUAAUAUACAGGUCCAGAUAAAAAAAUAGAAUGUCCUAAAAAGUUUAAUAUUGUUAUAUAAAUUACUUCAAAAAGUGAAACUUCAACAUAUUUUAUUGUGUUUUAAGACUUUUUCUGUUUGAAUCUUGAUGUUUACGGCUCAGCUCAUGAAAAGGAAAAAUCCACUGACUCAAAACACCAAAGAAAGGAUUUCUUGUACAGAAAUGUCAACCUUCUGGAAAAAUUAUGUUAAUUGAUGUUCUCUGUACUUGUUUGGGGCUCCUGCAUGAAUUACUGCAUCAAUGUGACAUGUAAUGGAGUUAGUUCGUCUGUGUCUCUGCUGGGGUGUUGUUAAAGUCCAGGUUGCUUUGAGAGCUCCUUCAGCUCAUCUGUAUUGUUGCUCUGGUGUCUCUCAUCUUUCUCUUGAUGAUACUCCAGAAAUUCGCCAUGGGGUUCAGGUCAGACCAGUUGGCUGGCUAAUCAAGCACAGUAAAACCAUGAUCAACAAACGAGUUUCUGGUAGUUUUGGCGCUGUGGGCAGGUGCCAGGUCCUACUGAUUUGAUUUUUGUGAGCUGUAAGCCGUAUUCAUCAAGAUUCACACAAACAAACAAACAAAUAUUGAAGUAUGUCACUUUGUGUGUGAUGUAUCUAGAGUAUUACUUUUUGAAUUGAAUGAUGAGAAAAACACCAACUUUUUCAGAAUAUUCUCAUUUUUGAGCUGCACCAUAUUAUUAAAAUUUAAAGGGAGAAUAGUUACAAAAUGCUGGGCAAAGCCCACUUUUAUCCAAAACACAAUAUACCUUUGCAUUGAUUCUACAGACAGGAUGAAACACUAUCCAUCAAAGAAUUUCCUUAUUUCACCCUCUGAAGAGAAUUUGGUUGAGUGCUUCCAACAUGUCUAUCCAGUUAUUCUGAAAAAUUGUUCAUUUGGGUUGAGAUCUGGUCACUGCAAAAGAGAACCAUAUGAUCCACAGCUUACAGUCCCUGUGGUCGGGGCGAUUGAAAUAGGUCAAGGGCCCACUUCUUUCAAGUGUAAAUUUUUAUAAUCAUUUAUCAGCAAAGACUAAAACAGGACUUGGACAACCUUUUUGGUUAUCCACUGCUCGAUAUUUUCGGUAAUUGUGUCAUUGUAUUAUGCAGUGCACGCAAGUGGAACUAUCUGUAUUUAUUCUUCCCCAUUUUUCUGUUUUUAAGCAUCCGCUAAUCUUUCGGCCACAUAAAGGAAUAACUACAUACAGUACAUAGUAGAUACAUGCUCAUUUUCUUGCAGGGGUCAGUACUAUCAGACUUUUGUUUCUGAUUUUUUCUAACAUCAGCCUGUACAUAUUGUGAUCGUGAAAGUAUACUCUGCCACAUGAGAUGGAGAUGUCAGAGUGAGUAUUUCUUAAAACCAAUAUAGAUAAUAAGAAUGAGGAAUAAUAAGAAUAGUUUUUGUAUUCUUGCCACUUUUUAACAUUUAAACAUUUUGACAUAUGCUCUCUUGUUUUUGUAGUUCAUGUAGUGAUUGUAAAAAUAUGUUGCAGGGCAUCUCAAAGAGCGCCCAGCAGUUGUGUGUUUGAGUGUGUGAAUGUUAAUGGUAAUCUGUCAAACAGGGAAGUUCUAUGUCUGUGAAAUAUUUUACAUGUGUUGAAGGAAAUAUUAAUCCUGUAUUCAUGUUACAUGUUGCUUAUGCUUAUGGUUGACAUUGAGUUAGUCCAUGCAGGGUUAUGCAAGAGUAAAUCACAUGGUCCUUCUAUCUGAAUGGGGUGAGCCUGGAGCACAAGUUUGUUUACAUGUACACUGUGUAUGCUUUGUUUUUUGUGUACAUUGAUCUGCAAAGCCCUUGCCUCCCCCUCCUGCUUUUUCACUUGUUUCCUAAUUUAAAUGCGGUUUAGUGUUAAAUACAACAGAGGAGGCUAAUGGGGUAAAAAGUUACAUAUCUUUCUUUUUCUUUCAGCCUUAAAAUGAGACCAAGGUGCCACUCACCUCUUCCUUCUACCCGCUGUCUCUGAUUAGUGUUCUUGUAAUCACCAUAAUGGUCAUGUUGGGUCAGAUGGUUGUGCCAGUAAGCCAUCAGUCGUGUAUCCCCCAAUCUAGGAAUAUAAGACUUUGAGUUAGGAUAUAUCACACGUUUUUUUGUGGCUUUCUUUAAAUGCAUGCCAGUACUUGUAUUCCUUGGUAAAGAGACCAAAACCUUGGUAUCAGUUUAAGGAUAAACCAUGCUUUAUUUUCAAAGCCCAGAGUGGCAUUAGCUUUCUAAGUUUACUUUUUUUUUCAGAGGCCAAAUUAAGGAAGAUGCUGUUAUUCUAAACUUUAUGUAAGGGUAUGCUGUAACAGUUAAAUAACAGUAAAAACUCUACAGUGUCAUGAAAAGGGGGGAUAAAAAUUACCUGAAGUGCUCAGCAACUCUUGAUAAACGAUGUCUUGAGGUUACAUUUUUGGAAUAAUCAAGUGAAUCCGGAUUCAAUUCAAGGGGUUCACAUAUUUUUUCAAUACUAACACUAGACUUAAAGAGUACAUAUAGAGCUAGUAGAUAACCCAACUUUACCUGUUCAGCUGCUUUUACUUGUGAGGCCAACUGUCCAAGAGUGUUGUCAUACAGGAGUGUUGAGGUAAGUGACACAGCAACAGAGCUAUCUUAGAAUGCAGUGAAGAGUACAGCAAAGUGGAAGGAAAGACCUGACUUGUUACACAAAAAAUGAUUUUUCACCCCAUAUUUAACUAGUAGUAAGGGAAAGAAGGAAAACUCCCAUGAAUAUGAAUAAGAAAAAUUCUUUGUGCAAUUUCAGUGGAAGCUGAAUUUUGGACUCCAGUAUCCCCUGAUCCCUGAUUCCCCUUUUUCAGUUCAAAUAAAUCCACCUGUCAGAUCUCAGUUUCUCUUCCUCUGCAUGCUUGCUGCGUGCUCUGUACUGGCUUUGGAAUGGGUGGUUUCUUCUCUGUGUCACAAAACUAUUCCCUCCCAUAGCUUUUUAAAAUUGUGUGUGGUUUAUAUGGACAAUUUAAAGAAAAAAAAAGAAGAAAAAACUGACAAUGUGUUUGUGUACAUUCUUGAUCAAAUUUUCUGUAUGUAGCUGUUGAUUACACACAUCACUAACAAAUAAAACUUUUUUACAAUCUUA